AUGCCUUAUUGUGGAGUUUUUGUCGAGCUUCGAGAAGAGGAGCUAAGCCUAGAUGAGAUCCAGCCAAAGCUAAUCCAGAAAGAGCGGAAGCUAAAGUUGAGGGCUGAAGGGGGGUCUUUGAAGGGAACUUUGGGUGGGGAGGAGAGAGAGUUUGCGGGGGAUGCAAACGGAGUAGCUUUUACGGCGUGGGGCGACGACGAGGACGUACGCAAAGGGGUGUGGAUUGUCGACUCGGGCAGCCCCCAGCAUGUCAUGGCCUAUCGGAGCCAAUUCGCGAGCUACAGAGAGCUUGUGCGUGACGAGAAGAUCGUGGGGAUCUGUGACCGUGGGGAAGCAAAGGGCAGUCCUUGCGAGGGGACCGGUCAAGAAAGGCCGGGUCUGCGCCACGGCAAAGAGGCUGGUAAGAGCAAAAAGCGUGGUGAAAAGACGGUAAAGGUUGUGGAGAUCGACCUGGACGAGUUGGACGACAAGAAUGGGGGCGUCGAACGAGAGAGGGUUACUUUUGUGGGGGCGGACGAGGAGCCGUGCACAGUUUCACAAAAGAGCCAAAGUGGGCCGAUUGUGGAAACGAUGCGCAAAGUUGUGGAGGAGUCCAAGGAGACCGGAAAGGGCAAGGGAGCCCAGAGACGGUGGUAG